AUGAAUCAACGUAUUGUACUCUCUCUUAUUGGUUUACUGUUAGUCUUACUUGUUGCAUUGAGUCAACAAGCCAGUGUUACCUUAACCCAAGGUAUCUAUAUUGGAAAUCAAACUAGUGAUGGUCAAUUGAAUUAUUGGUAUGGUAUUCCAUAUGCUCAACAACCAAUUGGUUCACUCAGAUGGAAACCACCUCAACCGCUCUCUGCUUCCACCAAUGUCAAUAUUGCCAAUUAUAAAGUAGUUUGUCCUCAGAAUUUAAAUCUUGGAAUUCAACAAUCUGAAGCAUGUCUCUAUUUAAAUGUCUAUUCACCAGUCAAUGCUAAUAAUUUACCUGUUUUUAUUUGGAUUCAUGGUGGUGCUUUUACAAUAGGAUCAUCUUUACAGUUUGAUCCAUCUGAUUGGAUGUCUAUUGCCUCUAAUAAUUCACUUCCAAUUGUUAUGGUAACUAUUAAUUAUAGAUUGGGUUUGUUGGGUUUCCUUGCAGAUACUGAGCUAUUUAAUGAAAACAGUGGUGAAAAUGGAAAGAAAACAACUGGCAACUAUGGUUUACUUGAUCAAAUACAUGCAAUCAAGUGGGUUAAGGAAAAUAUUGCAAAAUUUGGAGGAAAUCCAAAUUUAAUUACAGUAGGUGGGCAAAGUGCAGGUGGUUUUACCACUAGAGCACUUUUAACAAGUCCGCUUGUGGUGGAAUCGCAAUUGUUUCAAAGAGCAAUGGUUUCAAGUGGUUCCAUUUGGUUUUCAAGCGAUUUGUUCUCAAUGGAAAAAGCAAUCAAUUCAACUGGUAAUUAUGUUCGUUCCAAUCAAUCAUGUACAACUGUUCAAUGUUUAAGAGAUGUCUCUGUAUCAACACUUCUCUUAUUGACCUCUAACAUUGUUCCCAAGAAUAUCUUGACCAAUGCCGCCAAUCCUAUUGUUGAUGGCUAUGUAUUAACUGAUACACCUGAUAACAAUUUUGCAAAGGGAUAUUUUCUCAAAGUUCCAUUGAUUAUUGGAACUGUUUCAAAUGAAACAACCUAUUUUACAUGUCCACUAUUCAACUAUUACGCCAGUGUAUCUCAGGUUGAAAAUUUCCUAACUGCUCAAUACGGAUCCUCUAUAUUCAGCAAAAUAGUGCAAUUCUAUGGACCUGUUCCUUCCACUCAAUCAAUUCAAUACCUCAACAAUGUGUUUAAUGAUGCUGCCUUUAGAUGUUCAUCUAGACGUGAUUCAGUUCAAUAUGCCAACAGAGGUAUUCCUUCAUAUCUCUACAAUUUUAAUCGUAAUUUGAUUUCUAAUCAAUGUUUGGGUGUUUAUCAUGGAUUGGAUUUGGUUUUCUUGUUCCCUGCCUUUUCACCAUAUGGAUUGUUUGGAGUGGAUAAGAUUUUAUCAAAGCAAAUGAUUCUCUAUUGGACUAAUUUUAUUGUGAGUGGAAAUCCAAAUUAUAACAAUUCUCCUUCACAGUGGAAUUCAUAUUCAACAUUGAAGGACAAUGAAUUGAGUAUUGAUUUGACAAGUCAACAAGUAACAAUCACUAGUAUUGAUGUAUGUACUCAAUUUUGGGAUAAGUUGGCUGUGACUUAUUCACCAUCAAUUAGUAAUUCAUCCUUUGUAAAUGGAGCUACAAGAAUCAUUCCAUACAGAUUCAUAGUCUUGUUGGUUGCUAUCGUUAUGAUAGUUAUUCCAUGA